CCAAGACUUAGCUCAGCUGAUAACUGCCAAAAAUUGUCUUAUGGCUUAUGCCAUAACAAUAAAAAUAAAAUUAAUAAAUUGUAUUUAAUAUUCAAAUUUUAAAGUUAUAAUUCGAUAUGAUGAGCCUCCGCUAUUUAUUGCCAGUCGCUUGUCCUAAGCGAUGGCUCCGAAUAUCCACAAUUCAACCAGCAAAACACUUUUGGUCAAAAAAGUCCGACACAGAAGACGACAAUAGAAACAAAAAUAACAAAACCAAAAGUAAAUCACAGCUCCCGGCCAUAAGAAACCCUUUCGAUUCGGCUCAGGACAAAACAAAGGAGACCUACUUAGACAUGAUAUCGAUAUUUGAGGAGAACAGUGUGCACCGACGGAAUCAUGUCGAAUUCAUUUAUGCCGCCCUCAAGAGCAUGGCAGAAUUUGGAGUCGAACGCGACAUAGAAGUCUAUAAGGCUCUGAUCAAUGUGAUGCCCAAAGGUAAAUUCAUUCCAACGAAUACCUUUCAAGCUGAAUUCAUGCACUAUCCAAAGCAACAGCAGUGUAUCAUUGAUUUACUUGAGCAAAUGGAAGAUCUCGGAGUUAUGCCAGACUAUGAAAUGGAAGCUAUGCUCUUGAAUGUGUUUGGCAGGCGGGGGCAUCCAGUGAGAAAGUAUUGGCGUAUGAUGUACUGGAUGCCAAAGUUUAAAAAUGCGUCUCCCUGGCCACUGCCUAAUCCAGUGCCUGACGAGGCACUAGAAUUGGCAAAGAUGGCAGUGCAAAGGAUGUGCACUGUGGAUUUGCUAGCGCAGGUGGAUGUUCUUGAUACAAAAGAUGUUAAAGAUGCAGUGGAUCAAACUUGGAUCGUGAGUGGAAUGAGUUUGGAACAAUCUCAACUUCUGCGGGAGCAUAAUAAAUCGAAGGCAGUUUAUAUCGAAGGACCUUUUCUGAUAUGGCUGCGAAAUAAAUCAAUCAAUUAUUUCACCCUCAGAGCUGAUCCCGACCAGGAACUCCUUAAAACCUUCGAUAUAUAUCAAGAUGCUGAUGAUGUCUCUAAUCUGAAAGUUCCAUUCUUCGGUAAACCUGUGACGGAAUCACGAAUAGCUAAAAAACGCUCUGUCCAUCAGCAGAAUGAUGGAACAAUAUUUGCAAUUUGUGCAACUGGAACAUCAACAAAAGACUCACUUCUAUCAUGGGUCCGUCUGUUAGAAGCCAAUGGUAAUCCUGUUCUUGGGGAAAUACCAAUUUUAUUUAAGUUUAGAACCGUUGUCGACUCAAAUAUUGUACCUGUGGCGGAUACACCAAAACAGACUCAUAAAAUAAGUUAAUUUUUCUUAAUAGUUUUUUUUUUAUUUGUAUAGUAAACAAAAAUUGAAAAAGGCGAGCGUUGUUAAGCAUGAUUGUUUCUUAAAGUCAAAUAAAUAGUUGUAUUUAUUAUUUUGAAAAUAUUUCUUUCAA